AUCAGCCUCCUGUGCGCGAGUGCGCGUCGCUUCUCGUCAGUUUACCGUGCCAUUACCCCGUCAUCACAAAAUUAUUGCGGCAGACAAGUUACCUGACAAAUUUAUCAAUUGCAGAUCUCCAGGAGCGAUUGAAAUAACAGAAGGAACAAUGACACCCAAACAAUAUUGGCCCGACAAGCAGUGCGAACCGACGGUUUAUCCAGUCCACAGUUUUGAUGCAACUGCUGACGCAGCGUUGAUGUGUCAAGCAAUGAAGGGCUCCAGCACCGAUGAACUAGCAAUACUCGAUAUUCUCACCAAACGGGGAAUCGUUCAGCGUCUGGAGAUCGGGGAGUCGUACCAGAAACACCACGGGAACACUCUGCUCAGUGACUUGAAGCAGAAGCUGUGCGGAAAUCUUGGGAGUGUUGUCACAUCCCUGAUGACGCCGUUGCAUCAUUACUACGUUAAGGAACUCCACGACGCUAUUUCGGCGCAGGAGACUGAUGAGGAGACAAUUAUUGAGUUGCUGUGUACACUCGGUAAUUGGGGGAUCAGGACUGUCGUGGAGACUUACGAGAAACAAUAUGGAAGAAGACCAGAUAAAGACCUCAGGGAUGACACAUCUGAGGACUUUAAACGACUGGUGGGCUCACUCUGUCAAGCGAACAGAGACGAGAACGAAGGGAUUGACCACUCGCAAGCUCAGUUUGACGCUCAAAGUCUUUUCGACAGUGGUGAGAAGCAGUGGAGGGACCCGCACUCUAGAUUCAACUCAAUAAUUGUCACUCGCAGCUACCGACAACUCCGCCAGCUGUUCCUCGAGUACGAGAAGAUCUCCGGUGAUGAUAUUCAGGCGCCCAUUGAGAGGGCCUUCUCCGGGAGCAUCAGGAAGGGACUUCUUGCCCUUGUCAAAUGCGCUAAAUCAAAGGUCGGCUUUUUCACGGAGAGGCUGUACGCUGCGAUGCAGGGAAUCGGCACCAAGGAUCGCACCCUGAUCCGUAUUAUCGUAUCGAGAUGCGAAAUCGAUCUUGGGGAUAUCAAGAGGACGUUUGAGAAGCGCUAUGGGAAGUCCCUGGAGAGCUGGAUCAGUGGGGAUACCUCCGGGAACUACAAGAAGGCUCUUCUCGCUAUUGUCUCGACAUAAGUCGAUCCUUUGAUCGACCAGCACUACCUCAAUUAUUGUCCUAAAAUUGUCUUUAGCCUCCGGC